AGAAAGCAAUCCGCAAAUCCAUUGCUGCGGAGACUCGUGAGCAAGAAGCUCCGAAGAAAGUGCUGAGGACCCCCAUUGGUGGAUCUCCCGCUGCUUCGAAAAAAACAAUUGCUACAACUUCUGGUGGAAAAAUAUCCUCGCCAAAAACCUCGAAAAAAACCGAUGCAGCAGCUAUACUUCAUCUACCUCCGACCACGUCGAAAGUGUCAUCAAAAACUUCCUUCUUUCUGACCGAUGAACAGUAUCGAGAUCUUGUCAAGACGAACAAGAAGGCAUUGUCCCCAGCUGCUGUCAGAGGUGCAGUUGGAGGUGCUCCUGUCGAAAUUCAAGGUCCUCCUCCUGGAGGUGCGUGGCAACGAUCGCCUCGUCCAUCCAGUGCAACAUCUCCAAGGAUCUCCAGUAAAGGCUCUACUUCUACUAGUGCGCCCGCCCGUGCGUCCACUAAACCGGCUAGUACUACUUCUCCUCGUCAAGGAGAAAGAGAAUCUCCUCGUCAAGGAGAAAAGCUCUUGUCCAAUUCUCCUCGUCACGGAUCGAAUGAAGAAGCUGUAGCUCGUGAAGAAGAUACUUUUACUAUUCAAAAUGCUCCUGCUAUUGCUACAGCGACUUCAACGGUGCAGGAACGAGUCGAGAAGACAAGACAAAGUCGUGCUGAAUUCUUGAAUUUCUGGGAGAAAGAAGUGAUGAGAACGUCUACCUCAACAGGAGACCACCGCGCCAACAGAAGUAACGGGAGCGACAGUAAAAAUAUUAAGGGACUAGGUGAAGAGGCUGAAGGUCGUACGGAAAAGGAAGGUCUUCAACAAGGUUUCUUCUCAGGUCUUACACUCGCUACUGGAGCUGAAUCGUAUUCCUUUGGUCAGGAACAGAGACGGAAAAGUCGUGCUGCUGCUUCUGAUGGUCUUACACUCGGUAGAGUCGUGGUCUCUCCAUCCACCGAAGUUCCCUCACUCAAUCCCACGACUGCAGCGGCAACGACUUCAGCAGGUUCAGCAGAAGCUACAACCGAUACGACUAUGUCAGCAAAUGAAACUAAAACUUCAGCUGAGCUGAGAGAGAACCUGGCUGCCCUCUUAAACGCCAAGCCGCCAGAGAUGCCCUUGGUCAUUAGAAUGAGUGCCGCGAGGAACAACAAUGUCGUGCCAAAUUCGACAAUAAGCAGAGACUCCGGUGUCAGCUUGUUGAAUAUUUCCUUGCCAGUGGAAUCCAAUUCCAAGCCCACCACGGCCAACAAGAACUCCAACAGCACUACGAGCAACACUGCGACAGCAUCUUUGAAAGAGGAAAGUCAUAAGAAAACGUCUACUUUUACGGGUCGCGCAGUGAAUAUUCUGGAUAAUACGUGGGAUGCGCGUUUGGGAGCCAGCAACUUCGGUUAUUCCAGCACAACCAUGUAUGACCAUUUGCCGGUAACCGACGUCCUAGGAGACACACUCCCUCAUGAGUUGCAUAUCGGAGACCUUGGUCCGACCAUCACGACGACCGCUGGUGGCAAUCUACUUUCCGCGGCUACUGCUCCGACAAACUCUUCUACUGUGUUUGGUCCGACAAUUUUGCCGACCACAUCAACUUCCCCGAGACCUUUAUACAUGUCUCCUUUCGCUUCGAGUUUGCAGAAGGAGAUGCAAUUAGAAUACGAGUUGGAGUUGAACACGACGCCAGAAACUGGUAGGGCGCGCGACCGGAGUGAGCCUGCUAUGGAGAGACGUGAGUCUCAAAAGUUAAGCCCUUCAUCCGAAUUUUUACUUUUGUUUUUUGAGAAAUAUUUUUGGUCCAUCGACAUUAGGACAUUCCACACAUCCAACAUGAUCCGUGGCUUGGCUCUUUUCCUAGUACUCGAAAAGAGAAAAGCCAGGGAUGUCCAACAUUUUGAGGAAGGUAAUUCCGCGCCAACGACCUCUAAGAAGAGCCGAAAUCGAAAGAGAACGACGCUCACGGUCCAGUUCGCCUGGGAUUAAUUUGAAAGAGCUUCUUCUGGGUGCACCUUCCACGAAACAACUGAGGGAUGAACUCGGAGGCUCUGCAGGUGGUGAACCAACUACGACAAAUGCGAACACCCGUUUUGGGUAUAACUUGCAAGCAACAGAGAUUCGAGUGUCAUCCUCGAAAAACAGCACUCAGGAAUUGGAGAAAGCGCAAGGGCAACAGAAGCAGGGAGCAAACCUAAACUCGACUACUACAUCAAAGUCAAACACUCCUCCAGUUGUGCAAUUAUUAAGGCUUACGCUAAUGCUAAUCCAUAAUAUCCAUCUUAUUAAUCUUUUGAAGCAUCUUGGAGCUGUUUCGUAAGGAUAAGGGUACGUAGAACACGAACAGCUUCAAGAUGAAUCUCACGAUAAAUUCGGGUGAGCUCUAAAAAUAAGUGGAAACAAGAGUACAGUUCAGCGUUUCUGUACUGGAGAUGUGAUCCGGCCUCGCGUUCGAGAGACUCUAUCGCGCGCACUGCCUGUGUCCGAUCGCGCAGUGGAAGAAAUGGUUCGCUCAUGGCGCUCCAAUCCUCCUUUAGGACACGUUGUUGAAGUUGUACCUAGUACUUUUCAAAAUCAAAAAAGAAGCAGCAGUGUUGGGAGUCGUGGUACUUCUUCUAAAGCAGUACAAGGUUCUUCUUCCCCUACUUCUGGACCACACCAGGAGCAGUUGUUUGGUGUUGAGUCUAUGCAUGCAGAGGGCCCUGAGGUCUUAGCCCAGAGCAAACAACUUUUAGCGGAUUACCUGCUCAAAUUAGGAAACAAUACUAGUACAUCUUUUUCCACUACAACUACAAUUGGAGCUAGUCAUGCUGCUGCUAGAAAUGGAGCUGGAGAACUAAAUGCGGCUCCAACGCUGCCACUGCUGAAUACUGAUUCCUCUUCUGGAGGUUUUGGUGCUGGUGUGAAGAUAGACAGCGUACGACAAGCUUCAGGCACGCUCAUAACGCUGGCCGAUCCUAGUAUCACCUCCAGCUCCUCCACCUCCGCGACCGCGACCUCCAAUACGUUGUUGAAAAACUAUACGAAUACUUUUGGCUUGUUUUCUGGCGGUGGCGGUGCCUUAAGUGGUCUGAAGGAAGACCAAAUCCAACGCGAUUUGCCGAAAUUUCGCUUGGCAGGACAAACGCAUAAAGUUGAGACGAAUCUGAAGGAUCAGAAGGAGUCUGUUCCGACACAAAAUAACGUGGAGCCGGUGAACAAAGCUGCUGCUGGUUCGGGCGGUCUAGUAUUGGGCAAUGCUGCUAAAGAUACGGUGCCUCCUGUGCCAACUACAACUCUGAACAUGGAGAAGACCUGUGCCAACAACUCUGUGCCUGUGUUCAAAGAAGGAGCUCCCUUUACACCUAUAGUCUUCUCGCUGCCACCCGCACGACUUUUACCUGUAAAUAUCAAGAAUAUGAAGUCGUCUUCGUCUUCGCAGGGGGCACAAGAAGAACUUCUUCUACGAAAUCUAAAUCCUCCUGACGCUGAUGUUAAAGAUGUAGAGACGAUGAUGACUCCUGACCCUGCUGAAGACGAGGAACAGCAAGACGAGCAGUUGUCUGAACCCGAUCCGCUUGACCGGUUAGCACAACAUCACCCACCAGAGGAUCCAGCUUUGUUUAUUCCAAUACGCGCUAGCAAAGAGAACAUUCUGUCCGAUUUGCGGAACGUCGUUCAUCCAACCAAAGAAUUGAUCCUGGGGGACCACGACAGCCACCUAGGGUGGACAGCAGAAGCGAGGAAGCGCCUGACUAGGUUGCGAGGCCACGCACGAAUCGCAAAGAGUCAGACCGCAAACUUUUCAACCGCAUCUCCUUCUCCAGUGGGACGAGGAGGAGCCACGACGACGUCGACACCUGGUGUCGGAGGGAAGCGAUCCUCACGAACAUCAACAUCCGUAAAAAGCAGGGUUUCUUCGCUUGGUGUGGGUACGAAAGCAAGGAGGUCGUCUCCAUCAUUCAGAGGGAGUGGUAGUGGAGGACUUGCCGCCAACAGCACUUCUUUGCCUCGAGGAGCACUUGAAGAUGAGAAUAUUUUUCUUCACGACAUGAAUCAAUUGGACCAACCUGGAGGUCUUGGUGUGCCAUGUGCUUUUCGACCAAGUGCAAAGACGGACGCUUCAAUUUUCGGCUCUACUAUUAAUCAGAUGCACCAAAACUUUGUUCGGACAGCCGCUUUUCAUUAAGGCUCUCACUGAUUCAUCUUAAUCUUUCAAGUCCAUCCUUGCAACGUACGUAGCAGGGUUUAGGGUUUAUAGGGGAGCAAUACUCUCUCUUGUUCCAUAUUUUUACCUUUCAAGGAUGCAGCUGAAAGAUGAAUAGUGGAUAGCUUUAAUUUCGCGAUAACGCUGCCGCAGCAAGCCUUGGAGCAGGUCUUGGUCUCGGUGGUCUGGGUUCUGGUGUCGCAGUUGAUGUAUCUCCUCUGAAGAUGUUGGAAACACCAAGAAGCCUUUCUCCACGUUCCUCCUUAAAGGUAUUUGGUGGACGUGAAGCAGCAGGGGAGCCCUUGUUGAAGCCAUUGGAGAGUCCACUGUUUUCUCCACGUCUAGGCUUGAAGAAUAACAACGAAGAAAAGCCAAAGACAUCAGCGCCGACUCCGACAGUAGAACUACCGAAUCUACAAUCACUUUCACUUAUGGUCAACAUUUAGUGUCCAUCAUUCUCGGCAUCUUGGUCUCCUUUUCCCUUGUAUUCUCGUGAAAUACAAGGUAAAAGGGGCCAAGAUGAGGGGACCGAGAUGCAUUCUAGCGCACGCUAAUUCACAAGGUGAAGAUUACAGAAACAAGUCGAAGGAGGACUACGAUCCUCAAGACCUAAAAAAUGCUGUGCUGACAAAUGGUAUGCCGACACAAGCAGGUAAAACUAUCUUCAUGACGACGACUCCUAGAGACCUAAAAAAUGGUAUGUUGGCGACGACUCCUAGAGACCUCCUAGGAAAUCUACUCAACCCGGUUCUCCCGGUACCUCCUACGUUGAUCCAAGGGACAGCGGUGCAGCCAAAUUUGAAUCCGAUCUUCGCAUUACCGUUUAACUCGGCACUGCCUAGUACUACUAAGGACCUACAAGUACAAGGUCGAGAUGUUGUUGACAAUAACAUCGUACAUCAAGUGCUGGAGGUACAGAACAAGUACAGUCUUGCCAACAGCACGUCGAUGGAGGUUGAUGACGAAGGGCCUUCGUCUUUCAAUCAGCAGGGAGUAUCUGCUGGAGGACUAGAACAAGUCCCCGUUUUUGGUGGGUCGUUUGCUACAAGUCCUACUUCUACAACUGUUCCUGCUACAACUACGAAUCCAGAAAAUCCGAUCAUGUUGAAGAAGUUGAAUUUUCCCAAGUUUUCAGCAUCAGCUAUGAUGAACACGACGCCUCGAAUUUCAUUGAACGGCCCUGGUCCUAUUGGAGGACAAGCUGCUUCUAGUCCUGGAGCAUCCACAAUUAUACCGCUAACGGCCGACUCUACUACAGCAGUACCUGCAUUUUCACCAAGGAUGCAGGAGCUUUCAAUGGGAGGUGCAAGUAGAACACCUGGAACAUCGUCCACUCUGGCAUCUAGUCCUCUUGUUGGAGCUAGUACAACAUCCGGUGCAUCUACAACAACACCUAGGAUCUCAAUGGCUCCUGGUGGAAAUACUACAACUAGUUGUAGAGGUGGAGGGGCGAAAGGCAGUACUUCCAUAGUGAUGAAUCCUAAUCCAAAGGUGGGCAUUCCAGCUUUACGUCAGUUCCUCUUCAGCACGACCAAUGGGCAGCAGCAGCCUCCAACAGGAGGAACUGUUACUGUAGGGAUGACAAAUGAACAACAACAAUCAUCUCCUUCUGCAAUGCAACAAGUUUGCGUACCCUCCUCCACGAUGAUGCAAGAACGAGUUUACGUACAGCCAACUCAUCUACUGCCCUUUGGCCAAACUAAAAGCGCAACAGCAAGCACCACGGCUUCACUCUCGAAUGCUGCAUUGUUCGGCUUGAGACCAUCAACGACGUUUUCUUCGUUUGAUGGAGCGGAGACGCAACGCUAGAAAGGGUGUGGCGAUGCAACGUUAAAGAGAAGGUGACUGUUCCUGUCAAUUUUUCAAGCAUCUUGUAUGACAGAGUAACUAUGAAGAGAGAGGGUUAUGGUUAAGGACGUCGGAAAAGGCUAGUCCUCUCAUCAUUAUUCAGCUAGAAGUCCUCCUGUUAAUUUUCCAAGCAAGCUGCAUCAAUCUGAAUCUUCUAAGACCAAAUUUACUUUAUAUAUAUGUAUUCGACUGGAAAUGGAUUUCGAUUUGGAAAUGGAACAUUUUUUACACCACGGACGUGGAGUCGUUUGUUUGAUUUCUGAUAUUGUUCUUGGUGUAACAAGUAAGUGAAAAAUUGAUAUUGAGAUGAAAAUAUUCCAGGUGAACAACAUCUAGAUCCUUUUGUACUGUAGUAUAAACGAAAUGAAUACUUCUUUUGGAACCCGACCUUCCAUGAACAGUAAUGAAAAAACGAAAGCUUAACAUUGUUUGAGUGGUUACAAACAUAAUAAAUUACUAAGAGGACGACAUGAUAAGAUGUAGAUAAGAAGUAGACAUUGAUGUCAUUCUUGACAGUAGAGUUUCUAGAAUCAUGUAUGCGACAUUUUUUUUAAUAUCGAAGCUUAAUACUGUUGUACAUGUACCUCACUUCAUCAUCGAAGCACCUUUGAAUGGUUAUGGCAAUGAAUAGAUUUAGAUACUACUAAUUGGGUUUGGGACUUGAGCAAGUAUAAGUAAGUACACAAUUGAGAUCAUGGACUUCGCUGUGAUCUAAUUCAAAAUACGGACCAUAGAAUUUUUGAUCUCUCUGAAGACAUCAAAUAGACAGUAGCAAGGAUAUUGAACAGAC